UUAGCCUUUGAAUAACAUCUCCAAAAUCUCCACAUACGUGACAGCGAACUAACAGAAUUCUUGACAGAAUUUAACGAUAUGGACUAUUUGUGAGUAGGGGUGCUAAUCUUAGGAACCACUAAUAACACAAAAGAACGUAAAGGAAGCAAUUUGAUAAUUUUGUGAACUUCAUUGACAUUUUGUGAUAAAAACCCUAUGAAAUAAUAUAGUGGAUGAAGGUUGAAACUAGAUUUUCAUUGACAAGAUUCAAAAGGGGUGUAUUUUAAUGAAAAAGUUGCUUUGAAUAUUAGAUGUUCAGUUUUGAAUAACAAAGAUUAUGGGAAAAUAUAUAUAGGAUUUGUGCUUCUAAAUUCAUUUAUAUGAUAGUCUGGGGACCAAAAUGAAAUGGUGAUGAGACCAUUUGAUGAAAUUGUCGUUUACCUUCUAUUUGGUGCCAAAACCAACGAGAAGAACCUUCAAUUAAAAAAAGUCCACGACCUGUGUAACAAAACAAAAAAAGUCGACGGUCCGAUCAAGGUAGGCCAAGAACCAUUUUGCAGAGAAUUCAUCGCCAUGCCAUUUGGAGACUUUCCCGCAUAAUCCCAGAAUUAAUCCAGACAACCAAAACUUGAUGGGCAAGAAAACCCCCCGCUCAAAGGGCAAACCCAAAUCCAGAACCCCACCACCAGCACCACCCGAAACCGAAACCGAAACGCGAAACUGGCUGGACCUUCCACGGGACGUUACCGUUUCAAUACUUUCACGACUGAGAGCGAUCGAUGUUUUGGAGAGCGCGCAGAAGGUGUGCAUGGUUUGGCGCAACAUCUGCAAAGAUCCUCUCAUCUGGCGCACCGUGGACAUGAGCAAUGGUGAUUGCGACUUUGGGGCCUACGACUUGGAUAAGAUGCGCCGCCACGCAGUGGAUCGUAGCUGUGGUAAUCUGGUCGAUAUCAAUAACGAGCACAACUGCACCGAUGAUCUCCUUAAGUAUAUCACCGACAGGUGCAGUGGAAUCAGACGGCUCCGGUUAGUGUAUUGCUAUUUCACGUCAGUGGGGAGGUUUUAUGAAGUGGCUUCAAGACUUGCUCUGUUAGAGAAGCUUAACAGCUUCUCUAACAGAGCAAGUCCAUGGCCCAAUGUAUGCCCACACCAACCGGACCCAGAAGUCCUCGUGCAGCCCAAAACUUCAUAUUUCAUAAGUUGUUCGGAGGUCAUGAGAGCUCCUCCAACAAAAACCCAAACCGCUCCAGGCCGGGGUCGGAAAUGGGCGGAACUCCCAGACGACGUCACGGCCUCGAUACUCUUGCGGCUCGGAGCCAUCGAAAUCCUGACGAGCGCUCAGAUGGUAUGCGUGAUGUGGCGCGACAUCUGCAGGGACCCGCUGACGUGGCGCACCAUCGACAUGCGCGUUGAUCCUGAUGAUCAGAGGCACAUUGGUUACGACUUUGAGAAGAUGUGCAGCCACGCUAUCGAUCGGAGCUCCGGCAAUUUGAUCGAUAUCAAUGUCGACCACUUCGGCACCGACGAGCUCCUCAAGUACAUCACCGACAGGGGAAUCAAACGGCUCCGACUUGCCCAUUGCUAUGACAUAACAAAUGAGGGACUAGCUUCGAAACUUCCGUUGCUGGAGGACCUUGAAAUUUCAUAUUGUCCGUUCUCACAUGAACCUAUAGACGUGGUUGGGGCCUCUUGCCCUCUUUUGAAAUCAUUCAAAUUUAACAAGCGGUGGUAUAGAUGGCCACACGAAGAGUCUAAUGACGAUGCACUUGCUAUAGCAGGAACGAUGCAUGAUUUACGCCACCUCCAGCUGCUUGGGAAUAAGCUGACAAAUGAUGGAUUGCAGGCCAUUCUUGAUCGUUGUCCUCAUCUCGAGUCGCUUGAUCUGCGCCGGUGUUCCAAUCUUAAACUAGGAGGAAAGUCGGGAAGAAGAUGUGCUGAACGAAUUAAAAAGUUGCGGCUUCCUGAUGAUCCCAUCGAUAACUCUGAAUUGGUUUAUAACAGUGUUUUCAAAUGCAUGCCUAAUCGCGCGUCGGAGCGAGGCGGAGGGAAAUCUCCUUAGGCGUAUGGAUGUUUAGCUUGUUGCACGCUUAGCGUAGCGAGGCGUGGCGAGGCGCGGAGAAGAGCCGCUUUGUUUUAACGAAACGACGUCGUUUUACUUAAGUGAUUUUUGGAAACUGAGUGACUUAAACGCACGUUUUGGGUGUUUUUUCUUAUAAAGCAAACAUCGUGCUUUUUAACCCCCACUGAAACAAACGAUACUUCCCUUUUAUUUUUCCUUCUAAAUAAAUGCAUUAAUGGAAAAUCUGCAUCACUUUUAAUUCUCUCCAUCAAUUUUAAUGGACCUAUCU